AUGUCGCUAACGACAUCGGCGGCCACUGCGCUGUGGACCGUUCUUGCCGAUGAUCCGGAUGAUAAUGGGCGAGAAGGGAGCGGCUGGGGGGAUCAGACGAAGCAGCAGCGUGAUCUGUACACCCAGAUUGUGAUUAGCUCUGCUUUAGGACUGGGCGCUUUCCUGUCAUUUUGUGUAUUGCGGCCCAAAUGGACAGAACUUUAUGCCGCACGGAGAAAACAACGCAAUGCUGCGUCCCAUUUACCCGAGCUACCGGAUAGCUUCUUUGGGUGGAUUCCAGUUUUGUACCGGAUCACCGAGGACGAAAUUUUGCAGUCCGCUGGACUGGACGCAUAUGUGUUCCUGUCCUUCUUCAAGUUCGCGAUCCGCUUCUUAUUAUCCGUCUUCUUCUUCGCCGUCGCUGUCCUUCUUCCAGUGCAUUACAAGUAUACCGGCAAUAAUGGCCUCCCCGGCUGGGAUCACGAGGACGGUCCGGGCGACAAACCAGCCAGCAAGGUAGGAGAACUGUCUAAGGACAAGGGCAAGAACGGAGACAACCCCGAGUACUUGUGGAUUUACGUCCUAUUUACCUACGUCUUCAGCGGUUUGGCCAUUUACUUGCUGCUUCAGCAGACUGACAAGAUUAUCCGCGUUCGACAAACCUAUCUUGGCAAUCAGACAAGCACCACAGACCGUACAGUCCGUCUUUCAGGGAUCCCGCGCGACCUGUCGACAGAAGAUAAAAUCAAGGACUUUGUGGAGGGUCUACGGGUAGGCAAAGUCGAGUCUGUCACGCUGUGCCGCAAAUGGGGUGAAUUGGACAAACUCAUCGAUGAGCGUAUGAAGAUUGUACGCCAGCUAGAGCGGGCAUGGACGAAGCACAUGGGAUUCAAACGUCCUCGCCGUGACAGGGGUGAUACCUUGCCCCUGACAAACCAACCCCCUUAUGCCAACAACGGUACCCUAGACGAGGAUGAUGAGCGCGCUCAGUUACUGUCAGGGGCCCAUCAGGACCACGUCUCUGGGUACGCCCAUGAGCGGCCCAAGGCCCGUAUCUGGUACGGCCCCCUAAAGCUACGGUACAAUACAAUUGAUGCGAUCGACUACUACGAGGAGAAGCUGCGGAGAAUCGACGAACAAAUCCAGUCUGCUCGGGAGAAGGAAUAUCCUUCGACUGAGAUUGCCUUUGUGACGAUGAGUUCUAUUGCGGCCUCUCAGAUGCUCGUGCAAGCGAUUCUCGACCCUCACCCAAUGCAGAUGUUCGCUCGACUUGCUCCUGCUCCUGCCGAUGUCAUCUGGAAGAACACCUAUCUCUCCCGCUCUCGCCGGAUGACCCAAUCGUGGCUCAUCACCGUGCUCAUCGGAUUUCUCACAGUGUUCUUCUCGGUCCUUCUCCUUCCCAUCGCCUCUCUUCUGCAACUGGAGACACUCCACAAAAUCGUACCCCAACUCGCGGAGUUCCUCAAAAUCCACCCUCUGUUGAAGUCCUUGGUCCAGACAGGUCUGCCCACGUUGGCCUUCUCGCUGUUGACAGUUGCCGUCCCAUAUUUGUAUGAAUGGCUCUCGAACAACCAGGGGAUGACGUCGCGUGGCGACGUUGAACUAUCAAUCAUCUCCAAGAAUUUCUUCUUUUCCUUCUUCAACCUGUUCCUAGUUUUCACCGUCAUUGGUACAGCAAGCGGUUUCUACGGGUUCUGGGAGCAUCUGCGGGAUGCUUUCAAAGAUGCCACAACCAUUGCAUUCGCCCUGGCAAAAUCCCUGGAAGGCCUUGCGCCGUUCUACAUCAAUCUGUUGGUUCUGCAGGGAUUGGGUCUUUUCCCCUUCCGACUCCUCGAGUUUGGAAGCGUUGCCCUGUACCCCUUGCAGUUCCUAAGAGCGCGGACCCCACGGGAGUAUGCGGAGCUAUCAACACCGCCGCAGUUCAGCUACGGGCUCUCGAUUCCUCAGACGAUCUUGGUCUUGAUCAUAUGUAUCGUGUAUUCGAUUUUCCCAAGCUCGUGGUUGAUCUGCCUGUUCGGUCUUGUCUACUUCUCCAUCGGCCAAUUCAUUUACAAGUACCAGCUGCUCUAUGCCAUGGACCACCAACAACAUUCGACCGGUCGUGCCUGGCCGAUGAUCUGCAAUCGGGUAUUCAUUGGGCUGGUCGUGUACCAACUUGCCAUGAUCGGAGUGCUUGCAUUGCGCACAGCGGCUACUCGGCAGCUGCUCCUGGUGCCUCUCCUGGUACCUCUCUUGAUCUUCACUGUCUGGUUCACGUACUGGUUUGCACGGACAUAUGAACCGCUCAUGAAAUUCAUUGCUCUCAAGAGCAUCAACCGGGAUCUCUCGGGUGGCGGCGAGCUCUCUCCCUCGCCGUCAAACACCUUCUCGCCGCCCUCCGGCAUGGAUCGCGAUGCCCUUCCCAUCCGGAUCGGCGGCCAUGAAUUGGAGCUGCGUCUGAAGAAAUAUGUCAACCCGAGUCUAAUUGUGCCACUGCAUGGUGCCUGGCUCCCGGGCCACCGGCCUUCUCGAAGCAAUGGCGGUCCUCUUUUUGAGAACCACGAGACGUCGAACAACAUCCAUCCUUGA